GAAGAGGUGUGGAUCGGCCUGUAUAGAGGUUGGGGGUGGUCCGACCAGAGUGGCUCAACCUUCAGAAACUGGAUGGCAGCCGAGCCAAACGGGGCAAAUGAAGAGCUCUGUGUGGAAGUUCUGUUCCCAUCUGGAGAGUGGAAUGAUAACCCUUCUACCACCAAACAUCCUUUUAUCUGCUAUGAUGAUAAGCUGGUCCUGGUCUCAGAGAACAAGACGUGGUCAGAAGCCCUCUGGUACUGCAGAGGCCUGAACAUGGAGCUGGUGUCUGUCCACAACCACAGCAUCCAGCACUGGGUCAAACAGGAAGCCAAGAAUGCCUCCAGUCCCUACGUCUGGCUGGGCCUGAGGUACACCUGCACCCUGAACUUCUGGUUCUGGGUCAAUGGAGAAGAGUCCUGCUACCACAACUGGGCCGACGGGGAGGGCUACAACACCAGCAAGGAGCAGUCUGGGAACACGGGGGCCAUAGAGAGAGACGGGGGGAAGUGGGUCGGCCUGCCUGAGACUGACAAAUUCAACUUCAUCUGCAGCAAGAGUGAUGGUCAGAUUUAA